UAACAUGGCGCUUUUGUCGCCCCUGCGUUGUUGGCAGCGCCAGCGAUCGUCGGUUCCCCGAAAGCUCGCCAGGUGGCCAACGAGUCCGUUAUCGGUGUCCGUGUCAAAACAUAGGAUGAUGAAGCGAGGUCUCGGUUUCCGCUCGGCUUAGUUUCUUUUGGAGUGAUGUUUCAUUUCCCGAAUUGAUUCCGCAGCCGCGUUUUACUGUCGCUUUCGUGCCGGUACCUAACCCCAAACUCGGGCCCAGCACUCGAGCGCGUCAGGGCGCCCUUGGCAGGCCGACGGCCCCGCGUCCGAGGCGAGUCCAGGCCGAGACAGAGACCCGGAGCUGCCAGUCGUACGAUCCGUCGCGACUCCGAGCGACUUCGAGGAUCACGGAAGCUCGCCCUCAGUUCACAGAACAGGACAUUUUGGAGAAUAUUCCUAUUCCUCUGGAAAUGACAACGUUCAUACGAGGAUAUCCACCAAUGAGAAGCAUUCCAAAGACUCCGCUAAGCACCCACUGUUGAGGACCUCUUGGACACAGCGGAGUGCCAGCCGAAGGAGUCCAGAGGUGACUUCAAAAGAUGCCAGAUUUAGAUGUCGCCACUGCUCCGGCAGCGAACAAUCAGGACGCCUUGGUUCAGGAUAAUAAUCAUAGCCUAGCCGGUGCCAUUGGGCCCGUUUUAAAUAAUAAUAUAAUGAACAGAGCCAGGAACAACAACAACAAUCAAAACCCGCUGUUUAAUAUGCGGGACAGAUUGUUUCACGCUUUGUUCAUCAAAGUAGCCUUAGCUUACGCAAGAGCCUUUCCAAGGCCUGUCCGGAGAUUCAUAGAAUUCAUAGUUUUAUUAAAGGCAAUAAUGGCAUUUUUUGUGCUGGCAUACAUUCACAUAGUGUUUUCGAGGGCCCCGAUUAAUUGUUUGGAGCACAUUCGAGACGAGUGGCCUCGAGAUGGUAUACUCAGGGUCGAGAUUUUGAGAAAUGGAGCAGAAGAUUAUAGUAUAGAGAAGAGUUACGCCAAGGAGGAGAAACUGAGACAAGAAAAGGUCGACGAUCUGACCAGUGUCCUAGGAAUUUUAACGAGAGAUGGAUUUAUUAAUAUUGAGCCCUCAGCGGUAGACGAUGACCGGGAACCUGUCGAGAUUCCUGAGGAGAGGGACAGGAAGAGCUUCAACACUACGGAGACAGAAGUCGACACCACCAUUCCCACCGAAGUACAAGGCCCAAAUUUGAGUACAAACAAUGCUACGAUAAGUCCACCAUUGUCUACAAAACUUUGGAAUGGGCUCGAUACAGACGGUCAGGAGCCGCCAACCGAUACUUCGAUACCGACCACAGAAACACAUGGAAACGUUACCGACGAGUCUAAUGCCAAGCAACUUAACGAAGACAAUAUAAUACAGCCAUUGAAAGGACAGGUGUCGGAGGUGGAGAAGAUUGUUCGGGCAGUGUUUCCAGAGGACGAGUACAUCGUGGAGUAUUCCCUUGAGUAUGGUUUUCUGAGGCUGUCGCCUGCUGCUCGGCAACGAUUGAAUAUCCCCGUGAAAAUUGUCACGUUGGAUCCUCUGAAUGACAAAUGUUUCGGCGACGCAUUUUCGCGAUUGAUACUCGACGAGUUUCUGGGAUACGAUGAUUUGCUGAUGGCCAGUAUCAAAACCUUGGCGGAACACCAGGAUAAUAAGGGAUUUUUGAGGAACGUCAUAACCGGGGAACAUUAUCGAUUCGUGAGCAUGUGGAUGGCGAGGACCUCGUAUCUCGCCGCGUUUUUCCUGAUGCUCGUAUUCACGGUCUCGAUCUCGAUGUUAUUGCGGUACUCCCACCACCAGAUCUUCAUCUUCAUCGUGGAUCUUCUUCAGAUGCUGGAGUUCAACGUCACCGUCUCGUUUCCGGCGGCCUCUCUGUUGACUGUCAUCCUAGCGCUCGUCGGCAUGGAGGCGAUCAUGUCGGAGUUCUUCAACGACACCACCACGGCCUUCUACGUCAUCCUCAUAGUCUGGAUCGCCGACCAAUACGACGCCAUUUGCUGCCACACGCCGGUCACCAAGAGGCACUGGCUUAGAUUCUUCUACCUCUACCACUUCUUCUUUUACGCGUACCAUUAUCGAUUUAACGGGCAGUACAGCAGCUUGGCACUUGUAACAUCCUGGCUUUUCAUUCAGCACUCCAUGCUGUACUUCUUCCACCACUACGAGCUGCCGGUGAUCCUGCAACAGGCUCAGCUGCAGCAGCUGCUCUUCAGGAACCACACCCAGCCAGCCCAGCCACCCACCCCUAGCACGGCUCCCACGACGCCAGGACCAUCUCCUGCAUCCACUCCGAGUCCUAGUCCGAGUCCUACGCCUCCUACCGAGCAAACCCAACAAAACUACGUCAGCGAACUUUCUCAGCUGGAUCCUGAUCCUGACGGUCCUGGGUCCGAAAACGAGGACUUCGCCCCGCAGGACGCAGGACUGAACUCAAGGAUGCCCGACUACGCAGCAGAAGUUCGCAGCGCGCAAAGCCCCCCCACGACGAGCGUAGCCGAGGAGCCUCGGGAGGAAACUCGCGUUCCUGAAGAGAGGAAGACCGACGUCGCGACGGCGAGCGACGCCUCGAGCCCUCCUCAGGGUUUCGAGGUGAUAGAUUCGACGGAGGCCACGACGCAUCUGGACGCCGAGGCGUCUUAGGCCAGUUCCUGUGACCGAGGGUUUUGGGUGGACGGUCCUCUCGUCUCUCGUCGCAGCUUCCGGCACCGUCUCCGGGUCCAGGGCGCGGGAUGUCAGCUGAUCCGGGGAUGGCGAACUCGAUUUCAGGAGAUUCGGGCGGGACGACCAUAGGACGAGACGAAGAUGACCCGGAAGAGACACGUGGAGGCAUCCGAUGACUUUGAAUUUCUUCAGGGAGAGGGAUUUCUUCGAGGACUCGCGGCGAAGAUGAGAGAUCCAGGAAGUGGAGUAACCUGGCAGGUGCAACAGGGGAAAGAAGAAAGGGGGACCCUGAAGAGCUUUAAAAUGGAGGCGAAGAAAAAGUAGAUGGCUGAAAAGCUGUAAGGUGAACACCCUGAGGAGCGACACGAUCAGCCCCACCGAAUGGCUCUUCGAUGACGCUGUAAUUAGUGUACAUUAAUCAGGAUUAAUUGAGAACCGAGAACGAUCGAAGUUCCUGGCUAGGCCUCGGCACUCCUCCUCCUGGACCACGAAGAGGAUGCCGAGAUCUCCCGAUUUUCUCAUUUCUCUCUUCGAAGCGUAGUCUCCUUCAGUCGUCGGGAAAUUCGACGAUGAUCGCAACGACGACGCGAAAUCCCGAGUCCCGAGGACAGGCGUUCCUGGAAAACCUGAAGAGCGGCACCGAGAGUGCCGUUGACCAAGUUCGAUCCGUGAUAGGGAAUGAUAAGAGGCGCCGAGAGAUACGCUUAUCGACAUAAUUGCGCGCAGUGCCAGGAAGAGCCUCUAUUACUGGCGGAAAAUAUAAGCGAUGGGAUCCGAGGUCCUCUUCUUGCUCUUCAGGGUCGCCAUUUGCAGAUCGGUCCACCUCGAUGACCGGAUCAUUGGGAACCUGAAGUGCAGCGAAUUUAAUGGGAAUUUAAUCCAAUGUUAAUUCGUAACUCCACGUCAAGGUGAGCUUGAAGUACCUCAGGGUCCACUUCAGGGUCUAGAUGAUGAGUUCCCCGUUCUGGCGAGGAAUGGCGGCUCGAGACCACGAAGACUACCUUCGUAGCUGCUGGCAGGACUACGGGUACCAGAAAAAGAAGAACGAUGACCACCUUAAAGAGAGGAACCGGAUGAGCCCUCUUCGCAUCUCAGCUCUUCAGGGUCGCCAUUUGCAGAUCGGUCCACCUCGAUGGCCGGAUCAUUGGAAAUCUGAAGUGCAGCGAAUUUAAUGGGAAUUUAAUCCAAUGUUAAUUCGUAACUCCACGUGAAGGUGAGCUUGAAGUACCUCAGGGUCCACUUCAGGGUCUAGAUGAUGAGUUCCCCGUUCUGGCGAGGAAUGGCGAGCUGGAGACCACGAAGACUACCUUCGUAGCUGCUGGCGGGACUACGGUUACCAGAAAAAGAAGAACGAUGACUACCUUGAAGAGAGGAACCGGAUGAGCCCUCUUCGCAUCUCAGCGUUCAAGUUCGUCUCUUGGUCGAAGAUUUCGGACCGGUGAUCGCGUCUGCUGGCGGGACUACGGUUACCAGAAAUAAAAAAUCUCUAAAUAGAAAAAUGAAAAAUAAGAUACGUCAUAGGGACGAGUACUGGACAGGGCAAUUCGGAAGGGCCGGCUUCGCGACUCGUCGGUACCGCGUUAGGAUGUUAAGUCUCUUAACACUUAUCCAUACUUAACGCAAAAAAAAAAAAGAAUGCAAAGCGAGGAGUGGCGAACGUUCUCAAAGCCUGGCGCGCUAAAACUAUUUAAAAGGUGACAGCUAGGUACUUAUUGUACGUAUGUAUAUUUAUUGUUUACUAUCGAUAUCGUCGAUGUAAGGAUCCGAGGUGGAGGAGCCGAUCCUCCACGAGGACCUCUAGAAACGAGCUACCACGCGAAUCUUGGACCACUGUCGGUAAUUAACGUCAGGCUAAUCACUCUCCGAGGAAUUUUCUAAACGGAAUGAGAAAUUGAUCGGAAAAACCGCGUGCGGUGUACAUAUGCUCGUUAAGGACGCGCUCGUUUACUCGUUAAUUGCGUUACGGUAAUCGUGCGUGCACUUUGGCCAGGAUCAUCGAUUGCAAGGGCCAUUCGAGAAGGUCGCAGGGCAAGGAUCGAUUCGGCGUGCGUUUGCGUAUGUCGUAUGCCGGAAGAGGGAAGGAAAACCCGAGUUAUCGAUCUCUCUCUCCGGAGUAUCUUUUAUCGCGGUUUUACUGUCCCGAACCUACACGCGUCUCUCUGCCUCUGUAACAUAAUUUCCCGAUUAUUUAUGUUCUGUGAAAAAUCCUUUUUGGUUGUACAUAGUACUACUAUACAUAUAUAAAUAUUAUACAAUAAACGCAAACCUCUUAUAUA